UGUCUCUCUCUAUCUCUCUCUUCAUUUUUAUCAGUUCUCUUCUAUCUAUCGAUUUCUAAUUUGAGAUCCAGAUCUGUUCUUCAUCCUCUUCUGGAUUUUACAAAUUUUGAUUCAACCCAGCUCAGGAAAACGAUUCAUUCAUCAUUUGCUUCAUUUCAGUGUUGUCCUGCAAGUCUUAAAUAAACCCUAGAAGUGAAAAUGACAUUUCCAAAUACACCAGCUUCAAAGAUAGAAAGAACCCCUAUUUGCACUCCAGGUGGAACAAAGGCUAAGGAAGAAAAGAUUGUUGUAACAGUAAGAUUAAGACCUUUAAACAAAAGGGAACAAUUAGCCAAAGAUCAAAUAGCAUGGGAAUCUAUUGAUGAUCAAACAAUCGUUUAUAAACCACAAGCUCAUGAAAGAGUAACUCAACAAGCUUCAUUUACAUUUGAUAGAGUUUUCGGCCAAAGCUCCUUAACUGAUGCAGUGUAUGAAGAUGGAGUAAAGAAGGUUGCAUUGUCUUCCUUAAUGGGUAUAAAUGCUACUAUAUUUGCAUAUGGUCAAACAAGCAGUGGAAAAACCUAUACAAUGAGGGGAAUCACAGAGAAGGCAGUUAAUGACAUUUACAAACAUAUUAUCAAUACUCCUGGGAGAGAUUUUAGGAUUAGAAUUUCUGGACUUGAAAUCUACAAUGAGAAUGUGAGGGAUCUCUUGAACACGGAAUCUGGUCGAAAUCUAAAGCUUCUAGAUGAUCCUGAGAAAGGAACCAUAGUUGAAAAGUUGGUUGAGGAGACUGCAAAUGAUGAUAAACAUUUGCGACAUCUUAUUGGUAUUUGUGAAGCUCAAAGGCAGGUUGGUGAGACAGCCCUGAAUGACACUAGUUCAAGGUCUCACCAGAUUAUAAGGCUGACAAUAGAAAGUACUCUUCGUGACAAUUCUGAAUGCGUUCGAUCUUACGUUGCAAGCCUGAACUUUGUUGAUUUAGCUGGAAGUGAAAGAACUUCACAAACAAAUGCAGAAGGUGUUAGGCUAAGAGAAGGUUGCCAUAUUAACCUUAGCUUAAUGACACUCACUACUGUAAUCAGAAAGCUCAGUAUAGGGAAAAGAAGUGGUCAUAUACCAUAUAGAGAUUCAAAGCUGACACGAAUAUUACAACAUUCACUCGGUGGAAAUGCUCGUACAGCCAUUAUAUGUACAUUAAGCCCGGCAUUAACUCACGUUGAACAAUCCAGGAAUACUCUUCUGUUUGCUACUCGGGCAAAGGAAGUCACAAAUAAUGCUCAUGUCAAUAUGGUUGUUUCAGAUAAACAGCUUGUAAAACACUUGCAAAAGGAAGUAGCCAGACUUGAAGCUGAGCUUCGCAUACCAGAUAUCGCAAAUGAAAAGGAUUUGAAAAUUCAGCAGUUGGAAAGGGAAAUUGAGGAGUUGAGGCACCAAAGGGAUCUUGCACUGUCCCAAGUGGAAGAAUUACGCAGAAAACUUCAGCAUGAACAACAGGGUGCAAAGCUUCUUGAAAUGAAGAUUCCACCAUCAAAGAAAUGCCUUUCAUUUUCCACAACAUUACUAUCACCAAAAAUAGAUGCAACAACAAGAACAAAAAACCACAUUGGAAGGCACACAUCAACAAUGAGGCAAUCCUCAACCGUUCCUUUCACACUCAUGCAUGAAAUCAAGAAGCUCGAGCACCUUCAACUACAACUCGGUGAAGAAGCAAACCGAGCUCUAGAAGUUUUGCAGAAAGAGGUGGCAUGUCAUAGACAAGGUAACCAAGAUGCUGCACAAACAAUAGCCAAACUUCAAACUGAAAUAAGUGACAUGAGAGCAUUCCAAACAGUCCCCAAGGAAGACGACGAUGAAGUUGUCGUUGGAUCUUUCGUUUCUGUUCAUAAAAGUGUAAGUGCCAACCUCAAAGAAGAGAUCACUAAGCUUCAUUCACAAGGCAGCACCAUUGCAGAUCUCGAAGAGCAACUUGAAAACGUCCAAAGGUCGAUAGAUAAACUCGCAUUGUCUAUUCCAAUGAAAUGUGAAGAAGAAGAACUGCCAUUGAAGUCAAAGAAGAGCCAACCAAAGAAAAAGAAGUUACUUCCUUUGUCUCCAUGCUCACCACUUUCAACUGUUCAACAAGUUUUGAAAAUGGAUAGUGAAAACAGACCCCCUGAGGAUGAUGAUGAUAGUAAUGUGACAAGAAAAAGCAGGAAAAUGUUGUCUGAUAAUGAUUCUCCUAUGAAGAAUGAACCGGGAAGUGACACUUCAAAGGAAAGUACUCCUUAUCGAAGAUCUAGUUCAGUUAAUGUCAGAAAAAUGCAGAAAAUGUUCCAAAAUGCAGCUGAAGAGAAUGUAAGAAGCAUACAAGCAUAUGUCACAGAACUUAAAGAACGUGUUGCCAAGUUACAAUACCAAAAACAGUUACUAGUCUGCCAGGUACUUGAGUUGGAAGCAAAUGAAACUGCUGGAUACAACAUAGAGAAUUACGAAAACAUAGAUGAGAUAGAAGAAAACUCUCCUGUUCCAUGGCACAUUACAUUUGUGGAUUGGAGGCAACAGAUUCUUGAGCUAUGGGAUGUUUGUCAUGUCUCGAUUAUUCACAGGACACAAUUCUAUUUGCUAUUCAGAGGCGAUCCAAAUGAUCAGAUUUACAUGGAAGUAGAGAUGAGACGCCUCCAUUGGCUACAACAACACCUCGGUGAAGCAAAGAAUGCAACCCCCUUUGAUGGUCACACAACAAUGGGAGAGGAGAAUGCGGUUAUAUCUUUGUCAUCAAGCAUUAAAGCAUUGAAGCGAGAAAGGGAGUUUCUUGCUAAGAGAGUAACUACACAUUUAAGUGCGGAAGAGAUAGAUGCUUUGUACAUGAAAUGGGAUGUUCCAUUAGAAGGGAAACAAAGGAGAAUUCAAUUCAUCAACAAGCUUUGGACCGAUCCAUAUGAUGGAAAACAUGUGGAGGAGAGUGCAGAGAUUGUGGCGAAGCUGGUGGGAUUUUCAGGAAGUGGUCGAAAUAUGUCAAAAGAGAUGUUUGAACUUAAUAUUGCUCUUCCAUCUGAUAAGAGGCCUUGGAUAUUGGGUGGUUGGAACCAAAUCUCAAACCUUCUCCAUCUUUGAGAAGGUAACAUUUGUUGACCCAUUAUUUUUAUGUGUAGAUAAUAAGAUUGAGUGGUGUGCACACUUUUUGUGCAUGAUGGAAAUGUAUUUGAUGAACCAAUGUAUUUUAUUGAUUUACAACUUCUUUGUAAUGUGAACUUGUUAAGUUA